AUGGAAGGUGGAGGGCGAGCAUCAGACUCUGCCGACCUGUCGGGAUCCUCCGCCAAUGCCUCUCCGCAACGGCCGAUAACACCACCAGCCAGCAUCAUCUCUUCGUUCAUCCUCAGUCGGGCCACCCGCUAUGAUGAAGAUGAAGAUAAUGAAGAUAAAGAUAACAAAGAUAAAGAUGAUGAAGAUAAAAAUAAAGAUUCUGAAUAUGAAUAUGAUGAAGAUGAAAAUGAUGAAGAUGCAGCAGAUGAUGAAGAUGAAGGAGAUGAUGAUGAUCAAAAUGAAGAUUAUGAUGAUGACAAAGAUGAUAAAGUUGAAGAUCAUGAGGUUAAAAAUUAUGAUUAUGAUGAUGAUGAAGAUUAUGAAUAUCAUUGGGAUGAUGGAGAUAAAUAUGAUGAAGAUGAAAAUGAUGAAAAAGUUGAAGAUGAUGGGCAUGAAGAUGAUGAACAUCAAUAUGAUGAAGAUAAUAAAGAGGAAGAUAAAGAAUAUAAAGAUGAUGAAGAUGAGGAUGGUGAAGAUAAUGAAAGCAUUGAAGAUGGGAUGUGA